AUGAGAGAAAUAGGAAAGUGUUUUGUGGUUAUAAUACUGGUGAUGAUGAUACAAAUAGUGAGCUGGGUUGGUGCAACGAGCAGGCCUAUUGCUUCUUCCAGUCACGUUACUAAUUUUCAUCCAGAGCACAAUUCAGAUAGGCCCAUAUUGAAAUCAAGUGAGGAGGAUAAAGAGAUGGAAGAAAUAGAGAAAGGAAGAAGAAUAGGAUCAAAGCCACCAAGUUGUGAGAAGAAAUGCUAUGGAUGUGAGCCAUGUGAAGCCGUCCAAGUCCCUACCAUUUCGUCGAUGCCUCACCUCUCUCCUCAUUAUGCUAAUUACCAACCUGAGGGUUGGAGAUGCCAUUGUGCCCCUUAA